UAUAUGGAGCAUUCCAGAAGCCUUGAUAACUGCAGAGAUGGGUACUAUGUUCCCUGCGAAUGGUGGAUAUGUUGUUUGGGUCGCAUCAGCUUUGGGUCAUGAUUGGGUUUUUAACCAUGGUUGGGUUGCCAUACUGCUCGGAGUGUUUUCACUUCUUCCUUUCUUUUUUACGGGAACUGUCGCAGCUCCGAAUUUGAAGCCUUCCAGGUGGGUUGCGGUUGAUCUGGGGAGUGUAGACAGGGGUUUGUACAUGAAUACCCUCUUCGGGAAUCUGAACUACUGGGACUCAAUUAGUACUCUUGCUGGAGAGGUGGAUAAUCCGAGUAAAACCCCUUCCAAAGGCUCUCUUUUACGCGCUUCUAUUGGUUGUUUCUGGGUACUUCUUCCCCGUUCUAAUUGGCACCGGAAUCAUUCCCCUUGAUCGUGAACUGUGAUCUGAUGGGUAUUUCUCAGAUAUUGCUCAAAUUCUGGGAAACUAUUUGAGUGAGAAGUUGGGUCCAAGACUCCAAGCAGUUUCUGCCCUGUCAAACGUGGGGAUGUUUGUGCCUGAUAUGAGCAGUGACUCCUUUCAACUUCUGGGAAUGGUUGAGCGUGGGAUGCUUCCUUCUCUCUUUGGCAAGAGAUCUCCUUAUUUAACCCCUCUCACUGGAAUCUGGUUCUCUGCAUCGCGUUUAAUUUUACUCUCGUGGUUGAGCUUCCAAGAGAUUGUAGCUGCUGAGAACUUCUUGUACUGUUUUGGAAUGAUUAUGGAGUUUGUAGCAUUUGUGAAACUGAGGAUGAAGUAUCCAGCGACUUCCUGGCCUAAUAAGAUUACAUGUUGGUACAGCUGGAGCAAUAUUGAUGUGUAUUCCUCCAACCCUGUUAAUUUUUGUGGUUUUAGCUCUUGCUCCUUUCAAGGUCAUGGUUGUCAGCUUGUUAGCUGGGGUGAUGGCCGGGCUUGUCAUGCAGCCUUGCCUCAAAUGCACCAAGAGAAAGAGAGAUCCAUGGGUCUCAUUUCUUCAAACUUGGGGCCAUUGAGUCGCUUUUGCCUUUGAUAAAUUAUUUUCUUUAAAGAAAAACAAAGUUUCAGGUUUUGCUGCUACCAUUAAGCUAUGAUGCUUUCUGAAGCAGAAGCUGAGAUUUGAAGCUGCCAACUGGUUUGGCUUUCCAUGAUCAACCCGAAGUGUAGCACCUCAUCUUUUGUUCAACCUAUGGUCGGUUUCCCCUCUUCUCCUAUCCUUAUCAUCCAAACUUCUUCCCAGAAUCAAUGCAAUAUGAAGUGCUAGGAGUUUGUGCUUGCGACCUGUUAAAAGCUGUCGAUUGGAAAGCCCAUUUGGUAGGCUUUUUCUUCAAGCUACCAUUUGAUGAGGUGGUCCUCUGAUUCAAGAUGUUCGACUGCUGGUUGGCGUGGCACAUGCAUGCUGAACUUAAAAUUAUUAAGGAGUUUGUCCUGUACGUUGCUAAUAUGCUCUUAUGAGUCGAAAGCAGCUGUUAUUUUUUGGUCACCAACUAACAAUAAUCAGGAUAUAGCCCACGUGACAAUCAUCCAGAUGAGGAGCAUAAACAAGAAAGGUCCUCAAAGACGCUUUCACUUUUCCUGUCACAUUUUUAUGAAAACUCGAUACUCCCAUUAAUUAUGGGUCGGAUAUUACAAUAUUUCCUAACUACAGAACAUCAGCUGUCCUUUCGUUCCUUCUUUCACAACCCAACGAACAACAAAGAUAAAAGAGAGAAUAUAAAGACAUUCUUUCUUCAGCACCUACAAGAAAUAUAAGAAAAACCAUCCUGAACAAUAAUCUCCUAGCAGGAGUUGGUGGAGAAGCAAAUAGGAAGAAAAGGGAGGGGGUGAAAUGGCUGCUCAAAGAGACUCCCCAACUGCUUCUCCAAAGAAAAAAUCUGCCACCCUUCAGUACCUAUUUGAUCUAGAUUCCAAGGAUGAACCUAGACGUAAGCUUGCCAUCCAUUUCUCCAGUUCUGAAAACGAAGAAAUUCUUUCUAUUAUCUCUUACUGUACCUUGAUCUUCACCUUCACCGAUCCUCUUGAAUCUCCUUCACAGCAAGAUCUUAAGCGGCAGAAGCUCACUCAACUCCUCUCCGUCGUUAAGUUGAAGAAAGGACCACUACGUGAUCAAAUUUUGGCGCCCCUCAUGUCCAUGCUAUCGACCAACCUGUUUCGUCCACUCCCUCCACCUUCCAAUCCCUCCUCCACCCAAGAUUUGCUUGAUGAUGAAGACCUCAUUUCUACCUUUUCACCAGCAUGGUCGCACCUCCAAGUUGUUUAUGAUAUCCUCCUACGACUAGUUACCAACACAGAUCCUGAGAUACUUCGAGAUCAUGUCGACCAUCCUUUCCUUCUUAAUCUCCUCUCUCUUUUCCAGUCUGAAGAUCCAAGGGAACGUGAAUGCUUGAAGAACUUAUACCACCGGAUAUAUUUGAGAUUCACCUUCUAUCGUUCAUUCAUGCGGAAAUCAAUGAACGACGUGUUCUUGCACUUCAUAUUUGAGACAGAGAGGCACUUUGGCAUCGGAGAGCUGCUUGAGAUUUGGGGAAGUAUCAUCAAUGGUUUUACAGUUCCACUCAAAGAAGAGCACAAGUUGUUCUUAAUGAGAGUGUUAAUUCCUCUGCACAAGACAAAGGGUAUGCAGGCUUACCAUAGGCAGUUGGCUUAUUGUGUUUCCCAGUUUUUGCAAAAGGAGCCUGUGCUGGGAGGGGUUAUUGUUAGAGGAAUCUUGAGGUAUUGGCCUGUCACCAAUUGCCAGAAGGAAGUUUUCCUCAUAGGGGAGUUGGAGGAGCUGGUGGAGAAUUUAGAUCCUGGUCAGUAUAGGAAGUUAGCACUGCCUAUGUGCACCCAGAUCACAAAAUGUUUGAACAGUUGGAACUCCCAGGUUGCUGAGCGCGCGCUCUAUCUGUGGAAUAACGAGCUGUUUGUAACGAUGGCAUCACUCGCAAUAGAAGAAAUAUUUCCCGUUGUUGUUGAAGGCAUGGAGAAAAACCUCAAAUGGCAUUGGAGCAAAAGCGUCCGGCAAUUGACACAAAAUGUGAAGACGAUGCUGGAAGAAAUGGAUUCUAUUCUCUACUCCGAAUGCCUCCAAGCGAUCGACCUCAGAGAAUCCAGAGCUCACCAAGAAGAGACCAAGAGGAAGGAAAAAUGGGAGAGAAUCGAAAUGGCAGCAGCAAGGAAUCAGUUCAACCACCACGUUGCAUGCGUGUCCCACUGAAGAAACAUUAAGGUGUAAAAACCUGUGCUGGCAACUGAUUCAAACAACGUUGAACAUUAUCUAGGAAGAUUAAUGGCAGUAUUCCUUGCUACCAGAAACCACCAGGCGAACAUGUAUGCCAGCAAAUAUAUACAUACACACACACAGCAUAUUAAUGUAUGUUUUCUGGUUGGUUUGCCAACCAGAUACGUGCUAAUCGUUAAUGUCUGGAUUAUUUAGUGUUUAAACUCCAUUAUUUCGAGAAGAUUAUGAUACUUGAGG